AUGAAUGAAACCACAACACCUUCAGGAGGGCGGUUAAAUUCAAUCAACCACGAAGAUGAAACUGCAGAAGUAAAUAAUAAUUCCAGUCAUAACAGCAAUGAAAGACUUGUGGAUCGUGUGGUGCAUGAAAUUAAUCGGAUCCAUCUAGAAACACCCUCCAACCCGACGCAACAGCCUUCCUCCACAAAUAUGAAUCAUGAUUUUGCAUCAUCGUUGUUCCGAUUGCAAAAUCAUAAUUCAUCGGGAUGUUCCGAACAUCAAGACGGAAUGGAAGAUGAUGAGCGCUUUGAAUUUAUGACUAGUACUUAUUUAAAUCUGGAAAGGCUUGAUGAAAUGUUGAAUGAAAUGUUUUUGAAUGAACGAGUGGAAAGUUUGCAGCAAUACAGAGAAAAAUCAAAAAACGAAGAACAAGUCUUUAAGCUCAUUGAAAGCCUUAUUUUAGAUGGGGAGUGUAUCAAGGCUUUCGAGUUGUUAAAGAAUCAAUUUCCGUCUGUGGUAGAACAUCCUUUGCAAACGAAAUUUCAUAUCCUGAAUCUCAAAGAAACAAUUCUGAAAUGUCCUGUUGAUGACUAUGAACAGCAAGCAAAAUGCUUAGAGCUUUGUAAAUCAACUAUUCCCAGUGAAACAUGUGUGUUUACUUCUUCAGAACACUCUAAUCUUAUGGACACUCUCUUUCUUUUGUUGCGAGAGAAGGACAACCAUUUAAUGGUCUACAAACAAUUGCAACAUUCUAGGAACACUCUACUCAACGAAUUUAAAUUGUUUUGGUAUAAACAAAAGAGGCUCUUCAAAAAAGAGGAUUCAACUUUGGAAGUUAUUCUGAAAUACUUGACCACUAUUCACAAUAUUUAUCAAGUUCUGAAUGGAGCGUCGUCACCUGUGCCAGAAAUUGAAUCUUUACUUUUACCUGAAAAGGAGCUUUAUGUGAAUCAUUAUGAAACCAAUACUGCUGCUCAUCAUCAGCCAUGCCGAGAACGCCAUGUCAUUGAAAUGACUCAACGCAUGUCCAUCACACGAGAAGAAGCCAUGCAAGCAUUAAUUGCUUCCAACCAUGAUCGAAUGCUUGCCAUGAAACUUGAGGCAAGUCGGUUGCAGUUGAACAAAUUGAUUUUGGCAGACUUAGUUGAAGAACAUUGCAAAAUACGUGGCUUGAUGCUACCCAUGAAAGAAGACUCUAUUUCUCGAAGAGAUGCCUUGACAAAGAAACUUUACGAUUUUUUGACAAGUAAUAGAUUCGAGGAAUUGGUUUGCUAUGUAAAUUCAAUCGAUUCAGGCGCCUUAUUAACAUAUCCAGUGAUUACAUUCAAAAUUUAUGAAUGUAUGUUCCUGCAUUAUUAUCGAUCUGGUGAUGACUCUAAGGCAUUGAGCGUUGCUACUGAAAAAUUGGCUCCCAUAAGACUGUGCAAUGAACAAGACUUCUCUGAAACAGUGUCGUUACUGGCAUACGAUCACACCGCUAACGUUGUUCCAGAGAAUGCACAAAAAAUAAUGUCACGAAUCGAAACCUCCAGAGAAUUUAUUGUUAAAACGUUAAGCGAAGUCCUUUUCGAUAGAGUUGGUUCACCCUCAAGACUUGUAAAAGCCAUCAAGUAUCUCCUCUUCAUUCACAACCAUUGGUUUCAAUACGACACAGAUGAAAUGGUGGAAUAUCUUUGUAUUAACACAUUGAAGGAGAGUUCUUUGUCAAGCCUUAAACCAUUGGAUUCAAUGGAGACUACUUCUGUUGAUCCUCGAGAGCAAGAUAUUCAAUCCAUUAUGGACAUUACUCAAUUGAGCAGAGAAGAGGCUGAGGGUCUUCUUGAUCAGUACAAAACUGUUGAAGACUCGUUGAAUGCAUUCUUUCAACUCUAA